CGUCAGCAAGAUGAGGACUUCCCUUACAGCAAACGGGACACCCUGACCUUUGCCCGCCCAUGGACCUUUAAAACCCAGCGUUUUACCCUCGAUUGCAACCUAUAAUUUCCUUCCUGAUCUGUUGUUUUCUCUCUACCCACUACUGCUAUCAUGGCGAGACCUUCGCGCGCAAACGCUUCCCAAGCUGUGACCCAUGCCAGACGGGUCCAGGUAAACCCAGAAAAUGGCCCUUCGCGAACUGCGCGUGCCCUCCAACGGCCAUCAACGGUGGCACAAACACGAUCUCCUCGUGGCACCGGAAAGAACUCAUCCCCAAAUCUGGAAGCUACUCAUGCAGAAUGCUUCCGGACAAUAGAGGAACUUGAACGCGAAAAUCAAGACUUGCGGGCGCGACUCCAGGAAGCACAGAACUCUGAGCAUUCUGACAGACUGAACGCUAUUAUGCAGCAGAUGCAUGGAGCUAUCAAUAACUGUCAACAGCAACUAUGGGACCUGGACGGUGCCUCCGCUCUGCCAGAUGCUACUGAACUUGGCAAUAUGUGGACAAACCAGGAGGGUAUGGGUGACAUGGAGGAUCCGAAUUUAUCAACCGAAGAUAUGAUGAACUUAACCACACUGUAA